GCUUGUUCAUAUUGAAAUCGUGUAAAGUUUUAAUAGGUUUUCCACGUGGAAAUUAUUUUUAUUUUUAUAUUAGUUUAAAUUUGAUUUGUUGACAAUGGCUAAACCAACAGCGGCCAAAAGUACGGCCAAGUUGGAUUUUUUCCUUAAAAUUGAAUCUGAAAUCCAACGACGAUGGUCUGAUGAAAAAAUCUUUGAAAUCGAUCCACCACCAGAUGGUAAACGAAAUAAUGAUGAUGAAAAAUAUUUUGGCACUUUUCCUUAUCCAUAUAUGAAUGGCCGUGGUCAUAUUGGUCAUACAUUUUCAUUGACCAAAUUAGAAUUUGCAAUGGGCUACUAUCGACUUAAAGGAAAACGUUGUCUAUUUCCAUUUGGGUUUCAUUGCACCGGUACACCUAUAAAAGCUUGUGCUGAUAAAUUGAAACGUGAAGUUGAACUAUAUGGUUGCCCUCCACAAUUUCCUGAAGAGGAAUCUACACCCAUAGAAGAAACAGCAGCCAACAUAAUUCAAGAGAUUGAAAUUAAAGAUAAAUCCAAAAGUAAAAAAAGUAAAGCUGCUGCUAAAUCUGGUUCGUUUAAAUAUCAAUGGCAAAUUAUGCAAGCAUUGGGUUUGUCAGAUGAUGAGAUUGCCAACUUUUUGGAUGCUAAUUAUUGGUUAAAUUAUUUUCCACAAAAAUGGAUUGAAGAUCUUAAAAUGUUGGGCAUUCGUGUUGAUUGGCGUCGUAGUUUCAUAACAACCGAUAUCAAUCCAUAUUAUGAUUCAUUUGUACGAUGGCAAUUUAUUCGUCUGAAAGAGAAAAACAAGAUUAAAUUCGGUAAACGUUAUACAAUCUAUUCACCAAAAGAUCAACAACCAUGUAUGGAUCAUGAUCGGUCUACUGGUGAAGGUGUAGGACCACAAGAAUACACCUUGAUUAAAUUGCAAGUUAUCGAGCCGAUUCCGAAACAGCUUGAAAAAUAUGCUACGAAAAGCAAAAUCUUUUUGGUUGCUGCAACAUUAAGACCGGAAACGAUGUAUGGUCAGACAAAUUGUUGGUUAAGACCAGACAUGAAAUACAUUGCCUAUGAAAUCAAUACAGGAGAGAUAUUCAUCUCUAGUAUACGAUCGGCAACAAAUCUAUCAUAUCAAGGCUUAAUGGCACAAUUUGGCCAAGUGAAUAUGGUGGCCCAAUUAAAAGGUUCAGACUUGAUUGGUGCCAAACUUAAAGCUCCACUUUCUGCCUAUGAAUAUGUUUAUGCUUUGCCCAUGAUGACUAUUAAAGAAGAUAAAGGCACUGGGGUGGUGACCAGUGUUCCAUCUGAUUCACCUGAUGAUCAUGCUGCAUUGACUGAUUUGAAAAAUAAAGAAGCCCUUCGAUCUAAGUAUAACAUAACCGAUGAAAUGGUCUUACCAUUCAAUGCCGUACCAAUCAUUGAAAUUCCCGAUUAUGGUAAUCUUUGUGCUGUUCGUAUUUGUGAAGAAUUGAAAAUCAAAAGUCAAAAUGAUACGGAAAAAUUGGCACAAGCAAAAGCAAAAGUCUAUUUGUCCGGUUUCUACGAUGGCGUAAUGUUGGUUGGUGAACAUAAAGGGAAAAAAGUUUCCGAAGCAAAACCAUUGAUUCAAAAAAUGCUUUGUGAUUGUGGUGAUGGUGUCAAGUAUUAUGAACCAGAAAAACAUAUCUUAUCCCGUUCAAAUGAUGAAUGUGUUGUUGCACUUUGUGAUCAAUGGUUCUUGGAAUAUGGAGAACCUAAAUGGCGUGAACAGACAGAAAAAUGUCUGCAGGAUCUGAAUACUUAUUCGGAAGAAGUACGAAGAAAUUUUGCUUUUACUUUGAAUUGGUUAAAAGAUCAUGCCUGUAGUCGACAAUAUGGUCUUGGAACACGAAUGCCUUGGGCAGAAGAAUGGUUAAUCGAAUCAUUAUCAGAUUCGACAAUCUAUAUGGCCUAUUAUACAAUAGUUCAUUAUCUUCAAGGUGGUGUACUUGAUGGCCAUGGUGAAUCACCAUUGGGCAUUAAACCGGAACAUUUGACACCAGAAGUAUGGGAUUAUAUUUUCUUUCCAAAAGUUGAAUUUCCAAAAAAUUGUUCCAUAUCAAAAGAUAAACUUGACAUUAUGAAACUUGAAUUCGAAUAUUGGUAUCCAAUGGAUAUUCGUGUUUCGGGUAAAGAUUUGAUCCAAAAUCAUUUAACAUACAUGUUGUACAAUCAUACUGCCAUGUGGAAUGAUAAUCCUGAAUAUUGGCCACUAUCAGUUCGUACAAAUGGUCAUCUACUAUUAAAUAAUGAAAAAAUGUCCAAAUCGACUGGUAAUUUUCUUACAUUACGUGAUGCUAUUUUAAAAUAUUCAGCCGAUGGAGUACGAUUUGCAUUGGCUGAUGCCGGUGAUGCUAUUGAAGAUGCUAAUUUUGUUGAAAAACAAGCUGAAAAUGGUCUACUGAAAUUGUAUGCCUUUAUUGAAUGGUGUCGUGAAAUAGUUGAUAAUUUAGAUUCAUUAAGAAAUGAUGAUCCCAAUGUAUUGUUUGAAGAUAUUGCCUUCUCGAAUCUGAUGGACGAUUUGAUUAUGAAAACUGAAGCUAAUUAUAAAAAUCUUAUGUUCAAAGAAGCAUUGAAAACUGGAUUUUUUGAAUAUCAAGAUGCUCGUGAUAAAUAUCGUGAGCUCAGUAUUCGUUCGGGUAUGCAUCAAGGUCUGAUUAUUCGAUUUAUCGAAACACAAGCAAUUAUGUUGUCACCGAUUUGUCCACAUUCGGCUGAAUAUAUCUACAAAGAAAUUCUAUUACGUAACGGCUCAAUACAGCACGCUGAAUGGCCAAUAACCAAACAGCCUGAUCAAAAUUAUCUUGAAAUAUUCAACUAUUUCAUUGAUGCAUGUCAUCUAUUUCGUGUCCGUUAUAAAGCUUAUAUGGGACAAACUAAAACAAAGGGAAAGUCUUCUUCGUCUUCUGGUAAACAACAAUCAUCAUUAUCCACGAACAAGAACAAAUCCGAUCAACAACAACCACAACGGCCUACACAUGCCAUCAUUCAUGUAGCUCGUAGUUUUCCAAAAUGGCAGUCAAUCAUUUUAGCCUCAUUGAAACAGAUGUAUCACGAAAACAAUAACAAAUUACCGGAAAAUAAUAUAAUAGCAAGCAGACUGAGCAAGAUUAAUGAUCUUAAGAAAUAUAUGAAAAAAGUUAUGCCAUUCGUGGAGAUGAGAAAACGAUUGUUUCAAACAUCAGGCGAAAAUGUAUUUGAAGAUCGUGCUCAUUUUGAUGAAUUGGCUGUUUUACAACAAAAUUAUGAUUAUCUUGUAUCAACAUUAGAUCUAUGCGGUAUCGAUCUUCGUUAUGCUGAUGAAGCCGAUUCACGUAUACAAGAAGAAUGUUGUCCACAGGAACCGUUCAUUUCAUUUCGCACGGAACCAUCCGUUCCAUUGACCUGUAUCAAUAACCAACCAAUGGUUUCAUGUUUUGAAAUGGCCAUGCCCGUUUAUCAAGAUGAUUCAAUUAAAUCAUUUGCUGAUCGUUUAGCAAAAGAAACGAAAAAUAAAGAUUCUCGUGUUAAAAUUCUGCGAUACAAAAAUGUUGAUUUGGAUCCAAGAUGUUUUCCAUCGGCUGAAACUUUUAACAAUAUUCUAACACCCAUUGAUAUGGAAGGAAAAUUUUCGGUAAAUUUUGAAUCCAAAAUCGUUUCAUUAAUUGAAAAUGGACAACCAAUUCCAUUAGGAAAUCGUAUUAUCUAUCAGAUUUGAUUUUUAUUAAUUAAAGUUUAAAGAAAAAAAAAUAUUAAAAAAUUAUUUACACUA